CGACUCGACUCGACUAGACUAGAGAGUAAAAGAGACAGGAAAAGGGAGCCAUUGAUCGGUCCCUCCUAUUUUCACUUUCCACCGUUUAUGCUUUACUCUCUCCCGCAACAGAUCUGAGAAAAGUGGGAAAAACAGAUCAGAACAAAAACAACAAAAAUCACGAGACAGGCAGACACAACACAGAGAGAGAGAGAAGAGGAGAGAGAGAACUCAUCUUCAACUCUUUCUUUGGACUCUUUCCCUCCGAACGAUCUCUGCUCCUCAAAAUGACUUGUUCUCGCAGUAGGAGGCGCUGAACAUCCAGAUCCAUAUCCUUGGAAAAACUCAACAACGAGUCGAUGAAAUAAAGAUUUGUUCUUUUGCCUGACGCUCAUCUUUCCUUGCUCACAGGAUAAACCGAAAACAUAGUAGUAGUACAGUAUUGAAGAAGAGGUUAACGAUGAACGACGUCGUGGAGAAAAGCUUGGACUCGCAGCUGUGGCACGCCUGCGCAGGAGGGAUGGUCCAGAUGCCGCCGUUAAACUCCAAGGUCUUCUAUUUCCCACAAGGCCACGCCGAACACGCCUUGACAGCCGUCGAUUUUCCUGAACGGCUCCCUGCCCUGAUCCUCUGCAGGGUUGCCGCCGUGAGGUUCAUGGCCGACUCCGACACCGACGAAGUCUACGCCAAGAUCAAGCUUAUCCCAAUCAACGGCCAGGAUCACGACGCCGACGACGACGGGAGUAACAACGACCCGUCUGAGUCGUCGCCCGAGAAGCCCGCUUCCUUCGCGAAGACGCUGACUCAAUCUGAUGCUAAUAACGGGGGUGGGUUCUCCGUCCCACGGUACUGCGCGGAGACGAUUUUUCCUAAGUUAGAUUACGCGGCGGACCCGCCGGUCCAGACCGUGAUCGUGAAGGACGUGCACGGGGAGGUCUGGAAGUUUAGGCAUAUUUAUAGGGGCACGCCGCGGCGGCAUUUGCUGACGACGGGGUGGAGCACGUUCGUGAACCAGAAGAAGCUGGUCGCAGGGGACUCGAUCGUGUUCCUGCGGGCUGAGAACGGGGACCUCUGCGUAGGAGUUCGGAGAGCCAAGAAAGGGGCCGAGUCGCCGCCCUCCAGUUGGAAUUCGGCGCCUUUUUCGGUGUUUUUGAGGGAAGAUGAGAAUAAGCUGGUUAGGAAUGGGAGUGGGGGGAAUUUGAGGGUGAGGGGGAGGGUGAGGGGGGAAGGGGUUGUGGAGGCGGCGGGGAUGGCGGUGAGGGGGGAGGCGUUUGAGGUGGUGUAUUACCCACGGGCGAGCACGCCGGAGUUUUGUGUGAGGGCUGCGGCGGUUAGGGCCUCGAUGAGGAUUCAGUGGUGUUGUGGGAUGAGGUUUAAGAUGCCGUUCGAAACCGAUGAUUCGAGGAUUAGCUGGUUCAUGGGAACUGUUGGUUCUGUUCAGGUUGCUGACCCUGUUCACUGGCCUAACUCUCCUUGGAGGCUUCUCCAGGUGACAUGGGAUGAACCAGAUUUGCUGCAAAAUGUGAAGCGCGUCAGCCCGUGGCUUGUUGAAUUGGUAUCAAACAUGCCAGCCAUUCACAUGUCACCCUUUUCACCACCAAGAAAGAAGUUGCGGCUACCGCUACACCCAGACUUUCCCCUUGACGGCCAAUUUCCAUUUCCGUCAUUUUCAGGCAACCCCAUAGGGCCCACCGGUUCUUUGUGUUGUCUAUCUGACAACAUUACUGCAGGUAUACAGGGAGCCAGGCAUGCUCAAUUUGGACUACCGUUAUCAGAUCUCCACCUUAAUAACAGACUGCAGUUGGGGCUUUUCCGAUCAAGCUUGCAGCGGGUUGAUCAACAGGCUAAGAUCUCUGAUGGUUUGAUCUCUAGUCGAAGAAGUAGCAAUGAGAAUAUAUCAUGUUUGUUAACUAUGGGGAAUUCCAAUAACAAGUUGGAAUUACUAUUGGAGAAAGCUGAUAAUAACGUUAAAACACCACCCCAGUUUGUACUUUUUGGCCAACCUAUACUAACUGAACAGCAGAUUGCACGAAGCUGUUCUGGUCUUGCAGUUUCACAAGUUCUUGACAAGAAAAGUUUGUCAGAUGGGAUUCCAGAUAAGGCGGAAGGAUAUGCAUUCGGCCAGAAAAGACAGCAAGGUUUUCACAUGAGUGAACUUGACCUUGAGACUGGUCAUUGCAAAGUGUUUAUGGAGUCGGAGGAUGUAGGGAGGACACUUGACCUCUCAGCGAUCGGGUCUUAUGAUGAGCUAUACAAAAGGCUGACAAACAUGUUUAGUAUAGAAAGAUCAGAGACUUCGUGUCGUGUGCUCUACCAGGAUGCAACUGGUGCAAUUAAACAAACUGGACAUGAGCCUUACAGCAAUUUCGCAAGAACUGCGAAAAGGUUGACGAUCGUAAUGGAUCCAGGCAGCAACAACUUUGGAAGCAGGAAAUGGAUUACUGGGCUGCGAAAUGCUGACAAUGGACUGGAUUCUUCAAACCAGACGGGCCCUUUGAGCACAUUUGCGUAAUUGAUCAUGGCAUUUGUUUGUCAGUCUAGGCAAAUUAUCAAUAAUUGUUGACGAAUUUCUUAUUGCUUUUGUUUAUGGUAUUUUGUAACUUUAGCAACUCCAAGUUUCAUUUAGAAGCAAAAGUUUCUUACAACAAAGGAUCAAUUAUGUGCUUUGUCGAAUGUCGUACGAUGCUUGUAUGAAUACGAUAUCGUUCCGUGUUUAUGAUUGCAAUGUACUACUUGCCUUGAUUC